GCGUCAUUUGCCUUAUUCACAGGGUGCUUUGUGCAUACCUUUUUGUCGUAAAAUUCCAGUACAUCCAUUAAACCAUGCAUGGAAAUCAUACACUAGCUAUUUACGUUAGCUUCUAGGUUGCGCCCAUGAAAACGACCUAUCAUUAUUUUAUGGUUCAUUUUUCUAUCAGAUAUUUGUAUCCUAAUAUUUUUCCCCCGAAUAAAAUAUCUGACUACUUUUCUGUUUAUUUAUACAGAACUGUUUUGUUGUAUUGCUCCCUGUUACUGUUAUAAAAAUGGGUGACACGGUUGGUCCCGCAGCCUAUGUCCUUUUUGAUGAACUAUACACCAAAGAAAAUGUCUUUCGCUCCAUAAUUACCAAUAACAAAACUCUAAAUAUCCGUCUUCUAGGCAGUGCUAUCCCAUGCGUUAUCGUCAAUGUAAAAUAUCUAACUGAAAACCAGAAGCAAUGUUUUUCAACUCAGACAGCUAAUGAACGCUUGAUACAAUUUAUUGGGGAGUUAAGUGUAUCAGACGAUAGGAAACGUUAUCACCUCACAGCGUUUUCAUUUACUUUUAUGGAUGGUGUGAGUCUGGAUUUAUAUAGAACUGUAACAAAGAUAACUCGAAGUUAUAUUGCCUACUUACCGUCUGUGUGAUUUAUUUUGAAGCUUUUUUGUUACGUUUCAUAACUGGUGUAUAUACUGCAAUUACUCCUGUUUUUCCUAUGUGGUAAUUCAAUGAGUUGUUGAAAAAAUGAAUAGAUUGUGAGUAAA